AUGAAUAUUAGAGGAUUUAAGUUCUUAGUAGAAGCAGCAAUCAUUAAUGUUUAGAUUAAUGUUCACUUUAAUUGUAAAAUAUAGGUCAUUCUAAAAAGAGGUAUAACAUUUCAUUCUUAAUUAAUUCAAUCAGGUUCAUAAAAAUUGGAAACUUAACCAAUUUAUGAAUUGUAAAAAGGAUAAGCAAUAAUUAAUGAAUCCUUGAAUUUUACUAUCUCAGUUAGUUUAGGUUUAGAUGGAAAAUUUGAAGAGAAAAAAACUCAAAUAAUUGUCAUUUUAGUUACAGAUAAAGGAUAAAAGAAUGCUGGAAUGCAUAACUUGAAUUUAUCCUAAUAUCUCAAUCAAUAGCAAUUUGGUAUGAGAAUGUUUAUUUAAAAUUAUUAGAAUUUUAAGAAGCAUUUCUUUUAGAAAAAUGUCCAGAUAAAAAUGCAAAAGUUGUAGUUAACUUUAAAAUUAAACAGAUAGGAGAAAUGGAUUAGGAGUAUUAUUUGAAUAUUAUUUAGAUCGGAAACUACAGAGCAUUCUCUUGACAUGUCAUAAACUUCAAUUUAAACUCCAAGUAAGAUAAUUUAGGAAUCAAAAAAUGAAAAUAGUGGUACACUAUAAUUUAAUAAAAUUAGACAAGAAGUAAUAAGAUUCUGAUUUAAGACUUUAAAUUUAGAAACUUAAAUGCAAAUUAAAUGACAUGAUUGAAAAAGAACAUUAUCAAGAAACUAUUUUAAAUUUUGAAUAACAAUUGCAAGAGUUAAAUACAAAACUAAAAUCAUUUAUUAAUGAAAAUACAAUGAUUCAUGCUUAAUUGAAGGCAAAAUCUUUUGUAAUAGAAUAGUAAGCCAGUGAAAUAGCUUAAUUAAAAUCUUAAUUAAGUGAAUAAGAAAAUGAAGAUUAAGAAAACUAUAAAAAUGAAUUAAGAAUUCUAAAUGAUAAAAAUAAAUAAUUGGAAAAUUUAGUGACAGAGUAAAAAUCAUAAAUAAUUAAUUUGAAUAAUAUAAUGGCAGAAAAAUAAGAGAAUAGAAAAGAAUCUUUUAACUCAAAUGAAAAUAAUUCAGUUGACUAAUUAAAUGAAUAAAUUGAAAAAUUAUAGAUUCAACUAAAAGAGAAAAAUGAUCAAAUGUAGAAUUUAAAAAAUUUAACAUCUGGAACUAUUAUAGCAUUAUAAUAAAGGAAUGAAUCUUUGGAAAAAAAAUUGAAUGAUUAAAAAGAAAUUAUUGAGAAAUUAAAAAAUUAAGAUGUAUAUAUCCAAUAUGGAAUUAGUAAACAUUGAAAGCAAUUUCUAGUAAUGAUUCAAGUAUUUUGGUUGAAGAAUUACAAUCAGCUUUGAGUAUAAAGAAACAGGAUAUUGAGACUUUAUAGUAGAAAUAUGAAUAAGAGUUGGCAAAGAAGGAAGAGAUUGUAUAGAAUUUAUAACAUAAAUUGGAAGAGUCAUUGAGAAAAGAAUUGGAUUCUAGUAAAACAAUUUAAGAUUCUAAAAAUUAAGCGUAUUAUUUAGAGAAAUAAAUUGAAGUGUAAACAAAUCAGUAAGAUAAAUCCAAAGUCGAACAACAAAUGGUUAGGCUAAGAAGUCAAGUCCAAUAAUGGCAAUCCAAAUGGGAAAACAAUCAAAAAGUACUUAGCGAUUACAAUAAUGAAGUAUAACAGAUGCAAAGACAAAUUGCCGAUGUUCCAUCAUUCAUUGAAGAUCAAAGAGAACUUCCAGAAUAGUUACUCUUAUUGAAAAGAGCAAUAUAAGCAAAACUCUAAGGCUAUCAUUAGUCUUAAUAAAUUUUAGAGUAGAAAGUUCAAUAGUUGUAAUAGGAGUUAGAAAUAUGUUCAUAUAAAUUGAAAUUGGAAUAAAGUUAAUAAGUAAUAUAAUAUAAGUAUGGAGUGUUCUGAUUCCUAAUACCAAGAGUAGAUGCACGCUUAUAGUGAAGAAAUCUCACAAUUAAAUUCUGCACUUCAACAGUAUCAAAAUAUUAUAUUUUCUUAGAAAGACAGAUGAAUUAAAGUUUUUAUCUUUAGAAUCAGAGCAAUCAAAGUAAUAAGUAAUAGAACUCUCCAAAUAAUUUGAGGAAUCUAAAUCAUAACUUAAUAAUGUUAGGUAAAAUAUGAUGAAAACUAAAUAAUCUUUGGCUGAAGCAUAAUAAGAGAAGAUUUUAAUCUAAGCUAAAAUGUCAGAAUAUUAAAAAUCAAUUAAAGAAAAAAAUGCAGAAAUAUAAAAAGGAUAAGAAUUAAUUGCUGAACUUGAAUAAUAUAAUAUUCAAAUGGAAGAAACCAUUUCAUAAACCCUUGAAUAAUAUAAAAUUUAAAUCUAAUAAACUAAAUAAUCCUAUGAAAAAGAAAAAAAAUGGAGGUUAGAACUAUAAUAGUAAAUCCAAAUUCUCAAAGAUGAAUUAUAAAAACUUCGAUAAGAAGUAGGUACAGGAACUCCUUAACAAAAUGCCUCUGAAAAAUCUCAUUAAUGUAACUGCUAAGAUUAACUAAAAUAAAAUUAACAUUAUAUUGAUGAAUUAUAAUAAUAAAUUGCAGAAUUACAAUUAUAUAAAUUAGAACAAGGAAUUCAAAGAAAUAGUAUACAUCAAAUAAGAACUAGUAUAUAUGCAAGUAAGAGAGAAUCAUUAAUUCAUCAACAAUAUGAAGAUAAAAAAGAAGAUACUGCUAUAAAUUAAAGAUAAAUUAAUUAAAAUGAAAAUGGAAAAAUUAAAGAAUUGGAAGAAUAUAUCCAUCAUUUAAUAAAUGAGAAAAUAAAAGUAUCAAGAGAAUAUCAAAAUGAAUUAGAAAAAGCACUUUUAGCUAAUGAUAAAUUAGAGAUAAAAUAUACUAGGUUGUUGUAAGAGUUAGAGCUAAGUAAAAUAAAAAUAGGGGAUAUCUUUAACGCUGCAAUUGAGAUUGGAGGAACUCCUUUAGUUGAUAAACUUUAGAUUGCAUUCGGUAUUUAAGAAUGA